AACGCAGCGCUGCCGCUAUUAAAAUUUACAAAUGCAUGAAUGGUGUUAUGUACCCUUUUAAUAAAGCAAUUUGGACUGUUUUAAAAAGUCCAGUGGGGCAUGUUAUAUACAUGUGAGCUAGUACGUCUUCAAAAGUGCCAGUAUAUCAGCUGAACCAGAAGAACUCUUACAGAGCGGCGGUCAUCCCUUGUCUUGGCGUCAUUUUCUCGUCGUGGCCAUUACGAAGACUGGGUCAUGUGAUUGUGAUUUCGUUUGCUGGCAGAGAACUUGCUAGUAAAAGGAUACUGGCGCCUUUUUGUCAUUCCCCGGAAUCCAGCCUUGGUAAAAAUUGUGCAUCCAUGAUAUUAUGACUUCGUAAUGUGAAUACGGCAAAACGUAGAAAAAUCUCAUUCGCAGGUUUACGUUUUUGGGCAAAUACAGGAUGUGUAAUUGAGCAUGCAAGUUAAGCCAGCCUAGAUGCAAACAUUCCUCAGUUGGAUGUGCACCGUUUGGGACAUCACAUUUGACUGUUGCGUGGCAUUCGUCGCCAGUAUAGACGGGUCUUUCAAGAAUGAUGCAGAACACCAGAACAGCACUAACCAAAGAUAGCAGCAAGGUAACGACAGUAGUAGUGACGCCUGGAAUCGGGCCUGAUCGGCCACAUGAAGUGUCAUACUCAGAUGCAAAAGUGAUUGGGAAUGGAUCAUUUGGCGUCGUGUACCAGGCUAAGCUGUGCAACACUGGUGAUAUGAUCGCCAUUAAGAAGGUGUUGCAGGAUAAACGGUUUAAGAAUCGAGAAUUACAGCUCAUGCGUCAGUUAGAACACUGCAACAUUGUAAAGUUAUUAUAUUUUUUCUACUCAAGUGGAGAAAAGAAAGAUGAGGUGUACUUGAAUCUUAUAUUAGAGUACAUCCCAGAAACUGUGUACAGAGUGGCUAGGCACUACAGCAAAAAGAAACAGACAAUCCCAUUAAUAUACAUUAAGCUGUAUUUGUACCAGCUAUUCCGAAGUUUAGCAUACAUUCACUCAGUGGGAAUAUGUCACAGAGACAUCAAGCCACAGAACUUGUUGUUAGAUCCAGAUACAGGAGUCCUCAAGCUUUGUGAUUUUGGCAGCGCGAAGCAACUCGUCAGAGGUGAGCCAAAUGUGUCUUACAUCUGUUCACGGUACUACCGUGCCCCUGAGCUGAUAUUUGGUGCAACUGACUAUACCUCUAACAUAGACAUCUGGUCGGCGGGCUGCGUGCUAGCUGAGCUGCUGCUGGGGCAGCCGAUCUUUCCGGGUGACAGCGGCGUCGAUCAGCUGGUGGAGAUCAUCAAGGUGCUGGGCACGCCGUCGCGCGAGCAAAUCCAGGAGAUGAACCCACACUAUAAGGAGUUCAAGUUUCCUCAGAUCAAGGCUCACCCAUGGUCAAAGGUAUCGUCAAAGGUGUUUCGGCCAAGGACACCCGUUGAAGCUAUAGACCUGACGAGUAAACUGCUUGAGUACACCCCAUCAGCUCGCAUUGCUCCUCUACAUGCAUGCGCGCAUGCGUUCUUUAGUGAGCUGCGAGACCCAAAGACACGGCUGCCGAUGGGCAAAGAUCUGCCACCCCUCUUUAACUUCACAGAGAAAGAACUGUGUGGGGUGCCAGAGUUGGUAUCCUUACUUAUUCCUUUGCACGCAAAACAAGUAGACGUCAUUCAAGAUAUUACUGCACAGCAAAAUGCAGAUAGUGAAGUUGCAGUGGGUAGUACUCUGCAGGAAGAUGGUGCUGCUGCCUCUGCCCCUGCAAACUAAUGUAACCAGUGCUGUUCCAUGCCAUGGUGAAUGGCAAGUCAUGCCAGUAUGUGGCUUUGUACUACAUGAUUCUAUGAAGGAGUUGAGACGUGACCGCGAUGGCAUCUGUUAGCUCCCGGAAGACCUGUAAUAUAUAAGAUGGGAACGAACUUGCAAUCAAGUUCAUCGAUCGAUCCACAACAUCACUGGGAGAUCACUGAUGGAAAACCGAUUGAAGAGUAAGUGCUAAUGGCAUUGUGCUCAGACCAGGGCUAAGUGGGCCCUGCGCGGUUGGUCAUUCAGACCAAUCACACCGCAUUGUCAAUGACAUGUUUGAGCAGGUGGCUGCCAUUUCGCACGCGUGAGAGCUUCCACAUUGACAAACCAAGAAGCUGCUAUUUGCAAAGCACUGUGUUUCACCCUUGCCAUUUGAUGUAAUUUCCAAUACACAGAUAGUGCGCGUACGUGGGAGUGGCUAGUGUUCGUGUGGGGUGUGUUUGCGUAAGAGAUAGCGAGAUAUAUAUAUAUAUAUAUAUAUAUAUAUAUAUAUAUGGAGAGAAAAAAGAGGGAGAGUGAAAGAGCGGGGGCAAGUGUGUGGGAGACUGACUCAUAUUUCUAUGUAACAGUGGUGCAGCUAUUGCUUUUCUGCGUGUAUAGUUCUGUGAGCACAUUAGUUACCUCUACGGGGUAUUCUUAAUCACCAGAAUUUUUUUUAGAAAAGUACCUAUAAUUAUCUGGGUUUUUUUCUUCAAAAACCAAAUAGAGACAACUGCAGGUAUUUCUUGAUAUUUGGGCUAGUAAUGAGCAAUUUUGCAGAAAUGGACUUGCAGGCAUUUGCAGAGCUGUACUCACUAAACACAGCAGCACUAGCUUGGUGGUGUUUGCUGACGUCAGAAGUACAUAAAUAGAGGUAUCCAUUAGAUGUAAUAUUUCAAUAGAGAUCCCUAUUUAUGUACGCUUACUAACAUGUAAACAUAGAUCAGUAUGUCAUAUCUGUAAGCUCUUAUCCUGAUUAAGCCGUACGUUGUAGCUUAGAAUAUGGAUUUCUGCAUUCGUCAAUGAAUACGAGACGACAAAGUUCUUCGUUCUCACAUGUGUUUUUAGUCUCGUGUAAGGUAUCAAGGUUGUGUAGAAAUGUCGGACGAAGUCUAAUGGACACACCUGUGUACAGCGCAUGACGGUAUCGUGGCGGUUCUUGUUUGAUGCAUCAUACUCCUUUGAGAGAGUCGGAUCUAAGCAUAGGAAACCAAGCCGCCUGUUCUCUUCAUUGAGGAUUGCUCACGCACUAAGCUAACCGUUUUUGUAGCGGAUACUAUGACUAUCCCGGGAGGAUUGUCUUUUUCAAGUAGAUUUAUUGUGAUUUUCGGUAUUUAACUGUUUUAUAGAAAUGGUUAUAUUAAAUGGUUUAACCUCUGCCCGUCAGCGCCUAGUUCAUUUCUUACGUACGUUCGUAUAUAAUGAGCGUUUCUUCGCGCGUUCGUUCGCGUGAGUUCUCUUGAUUUUCUCGUUUCUCGCAGUUGCACUAGAUUGGCUUCAAAGGUGUUACGUUUGUUUGAAAAUUGUUCUUCAAGUGUUAGCGACGAGCACUGGGCUGGGUGCAUUGCACAGAUAACGAAAAGAUUAGAAAGACAGCAGGUUUUUUAGGGGCAAAAGGAGCAACAAUUUUUUGGUGUUAUCCAGAGAGACGUGAUGCGUCUUAGCUGGUGUGUUAUCGCAGCCGAAAUUGGCAGAAAGUGUGAUACUGUUCACGUUUAUAAAUUUGCUCUAUGCGAUUCAGUUCGAAGUAAGCGUGAUUUAAUCGGAUUGAAAAUAAAGGUUGCUCGAUUGCCAUAAUCAACUAACGAGAAACAUAUAACCAAUAGACAUGCUAACAUCUGCCUUCGCUCAGGUGGGCCCCGAAGAAAGUUAAAACAUGAAUAUAAAACUACUCCAACUAUAAAGUAGACGGAAAUGCAGAAUACACUGCCAUCUGUAUGCUAGUCAUAAACAGCAUGCACCGAAUUUGUCAGUGAACGCGGCUUAUUUAUUUGUGCGUAUGUUUUGAUAUUGUUGCUAUUUGUAGCGCGUUUAGAUUCCGUGUUAAAAUUUUCUUGUUUUUGUAAAGAAUAAUUUGGAGAAGAACUCACGGCAUGGCACCUUUUAAACGUUCCCUGUUUAAUACAGAUGUAAAGAUUCCGUUCAUGUCCCUCGUAUAUGUGUAGCCUACGUUGUUGUUUCACGUGCACGUAUAAAUAUCACGACGAUUAAACGUGAAUAUGUGAAUAACUAGUUAAUUAAAGAAGACUGGGGAGUGAGGAUAAUUUUACUGGUGUGAUAUGGUCCUUCCGAUCGCUAACGACGUCCGUUUGCACCAUGUCGAUGUGCUUGCAAUCGAAUUUCCUACCUGUCAUUAAUCAGUAGUACUACCGGUGUACGUGUAGGAGAGCCGCAUUUGACCGAGUCAUUAAUGCCGAUUAAUGAGAAUUUGCGUUUAUGAAUACAUUUAAAGCCGGUUUUACAUGCGCCUCGUUGCCGUGGUCGCUGGUCAAUAAGAAGUUAUGUAACAAGUAGUGACAUCAUUGAAAUUUCCCCAUAAUCGAGUUGCACCGUGUUUACCUGUCUAGCCGCAGCUAACUAACUCCGCACGCGUGCAGACGCGUGCGUUCGUUCGUGCGCCAGCGAGCGUGUGUUUACGGUAUACAUGAGAGUAGGAGUUAUGGGUGUCUUGUCGCCAGUUGGUGCACGUGUGAGUCUCUUUCCCACCUUAUUUCAAAUAGUACUGCCUCGAGGGCGCACCAAGCAACGCAGUCAAGCCAGUUGAUCCGCCACUAGUGCCAGAUAACAGACACUGAAUAUCAAAUGUUAUUCUUAUUAUAGUUUGCUGGUUUGAGAGUAGGUGGUAGAAGUCAGUUAAAGCCACAGGCAGACCUAUCCGUCGUGGGUGUGAGGUUAAUAUGAACGUAUGAUAUCGGAAAUAAAUAGCAAUACAAUCGCCUCAAGGAAUCGCCGCUGACGUGAUUACUAAUAUCUGAAUGGCUUUACUCGUCUUACCCAUGCACGUGGGAUUCGAAUGCUGCUAAUAUCUACCCCCACCUCACCCAGCGCGCACGCACGCACGGGCACACGUACGCACGAACCACUACCACCAACACUACUACCAUCACGCAGCGUUGCAUCAAUGCUGUGUGAUAAUUCGCGUGGUUCGGUAGAUUGUAUAGUCUCUAGCUGAUGUAGAGUAAAUAUCAUAGAUGUAUCACUGCACAGCCGGAAGCAACCAUCUCCGCCCCUCAUCGUCGGUGGUAUUAUCUUAAUCACACCUAAUGAUAAUUGACCGCUAGUUCUUCAAUAAUCGCAACGAACCACUCGACAGAUGAGCCUACUUCCGGACAUUUUCGUCUAACCAACAGCUAUAUUAAUAUUAUGAAAUUGCGCGGCCGUUGGCUAGAUGCACUGGCACUGCGUAAAAUGCCGCGUAUGUAUAAUGGCGCUGAUCCGCUGUGCUCGUAGAAUACACUACUAAGUGCACUCUCCGGUUUAUCCCGUUUCCAUUUUUGUGGAUAGUAAUGUAUAAACGGGCCAUGUCAAUGCGUAAGCGCUCUCGCUAGCACGCAUGCGCGCACGCACGUGGGCACGCACGUAGGCAAACGUAUGCGUGCACUUACGCACAGGUUGCGAGCAAGCUGACCUAACUAUAAUUAUUGAUGUACGACAAAAUACAAGAGCUGUGUAGGCGUUAGCGUCAUGCUAAGCCGUCACGUGUAUUGACGCAGCGUUUCAUCUCACUGGUAAAUAAAACUCUUAGCGCGUUAUACGCCUGUUAAGUGUCGGCUAUUAUCCACAUUAAACACAAGCUGCAGGCGAUCGCUAGUGAACCAUCUGACGAAAGCAGCGCAGUUUGUGUUAGCAAGUUCGUUCUGAUCUGCCAACAUAUGUCCACGGGUAAAAAUUCCCUUGACGUCAUUUUUGUAGAGCUGAUGUUAAUUGUUUAAGUGCUGAUGUUCCUGUUCAGGUGACAGCCAGAGAUGAUGACAUUAUUAUUAUUAUUAAUAUUAUUAUUGUUAUUAUUAUAAUUAUUAUUAUUACGUGUUGGCAGUUGUGAAUACGUAGGCUGCGUGAGACGGUUUGGCGGAAGCUUGCAUAGACACGAUGAUUUUUAAUUAUGAAAAGUUUGUUUCAUUGUCGACUUCGGCCCUCAAACUGCUGAACAAGUUUGGCUAUCAUAGCGUUUGGUCGCAUAAAAGCUCGGUAAUUCAGAUGCACGUGCGUUAGCUAUUUGUAAGUUAUGGCAGAGACUGUUGAGAAAUGCACCCAGCCAGUAAGUAUAGUUGGCAGAAUCAGUUUUUUUCUUUUAUUAUAACACGUGCAAAGAACACGUGCUUGCGUGGAAAACGUGUUAUGCUCGCUUUAAAAACUAUUUAGGUACGAACAGAUUUUUAUUCAUUUUGUAGUUCAGGAAUGGCGUGUUGUCAGCACAUUUAAUAGUGCAGGCUCUCUCUCUCUCUCGUCACAUUAGCUGGUCUGUUGCAAGACUCAUUCCGAUCGCACUGAUUCAUCGUUUGUUACUCAUUGUCUGUUUUAUCGAUAAUUUACAGAUUUUAGGUCGUUAGAAUUUUACUGUGCUGUGUAAAAUAAAAUCAGAAGUAGAUAAUAGGGAACAUUCCCUAUUAUCUACUUCUGAUAAAAUGUAAUAUACAGCAGGCAUUGCGAAUGUAUGGCGAUACGCGAGAGAGGUAAAUAUGUUAUAUAAUAAUAUAUCAUUUAGAACUAAGCAAUUGUUUAUGUAUUAAAGGCCAGAUAACUUUUAUGUGUUUGCGUUUGAUUUUGUUUAAUUGUGGAACAAUUAAAAUUGGACGAAAUAUAGAGGAGGUGGACGUGGCACCUACGUCUCCGUGGCAAAAUGACCUUCGUGAACAUACCUGCUGGACAUCCACAUCAUCAACGUCAACAGAGAAUGUCUUGUGUAUUGUCUUGCAUAGCUAGCUUGCACAGAACAGGACGUAACUGAUAACGUUGUGUACUGGUUUAUCAUAUAACGUUGUAGGCGUUCUUGUGAUGUCAUAUAGCCGUAACGUCUUCACUCGACUAAAAUGUACUAAUUAUCCCGUUUCGUGUGUGAAAUAGCGGGUAACAGAAAUUUAGCUGACGUGUUAAAGGAUGAAACUGUUGCAAUGCAUCAGCGCGAGCGCAUGUGUGAAACGUUCACGGUUUAAUUAUUGAAGUGAUGACAUAUUUAGGCGUGUAUCCCAACGACAGCAUAGGUUAGUAUAUUUACGAAAACAACAUCAGCCAUGCCACUCGAAUCGCUGGCUUCCAUACAGCACGUAAUAGUGUACCAAAUCUCACGAUUGGUGGUCGCCCUAUGUCACUUUGGUGUCACUUUAGGGCACUAAUGAUUUGCGUAUAAAGUGUGUACCUGUCUAACUGCCUGUUCAGUCGGUUAUUGUGCGCGCUCACAGUCUCAAGCUCCGCACAUCCUUGUGUACGGUGCUGAACACGGCACGAGAGAGUAACAGAACACGAUAAGUAGCGUCAGAAGCAUUCACGCGGCAAUUGACCCUUUUAGAUGCAUUGUAGCGAUUGCCGUCUCCUCUCGCAUUAUCUCCUGUUUUGUUUAAUCUUGUGUUUACCAGCAGUAUUAGCUAAGCACCUGCGUUCUAUAAAAUGUUAGCGUAGAUGAGCGCACUGUUAUCUUAUACAAGAAGUAGUUUCGCCAGCCUGUUAUUUGCCUUACCCUUAUUAUUUUGAAGCCUCCAUGUGACAUUGUAAUUAUACUUGUACAGAUAUAACAAUAACAAUUAAAUAGUUUUUGACUAAUUUCA